CGUCAAUCGUUGACAUCACUUCCUGUGGAACGACAGCAACCGAGCUGCACGCGCUUCUUCGAAGCUUCAUCACACCAAGAAACAAACCGGACAAGAUGACUUUGCUUAUUCUUAUGGAAUAAUCGUCAUGCAUCGAUGGCUGAGGAUUUUUUCCAUCGCGUUCAUUCUUCCUCUUCUACCAAUGAUGGCAACGAAGGCAUCAAUCCAAUGGCCACUGCAAAGAAUGAGUAAUUAUUCUGGUGACAUUAUGCUAGGAGCUCUCUUCCCCAUUCACGAAAGAAAUGCUAAAUUCGAGUGUGGUAAACUACAAGACGAAGGACUACAACAAUUGGAGGCUCUCGUCUUUACCUUGAACAAAAUUAAUUCCGAUCCGGAACUACUACCCGGAAUCAAACUGGGCAUUCUAGCAUUGGACAGUUGCGAUAGCACCGCUUAUGCCCUAGAACAGAGUUUAGAUUUCAUAAAGGGUUUUAUCGCGCGAAGAAAUGCCCACGACGAACAACAAUUUACGUGUAGUGACGGUUCGGUUCCACAAUAUCGUGAAGGUAUGUUCGAUAGAGUCGUUGGAGUAAUAGGAGGUCAAUCUAGCGCGGUUUCCAUUCAAUUAGCCAACAUGUUGAGAUUGUUUAACGUGCCUCAGGUCAGUUAUCAAUCUACCAGUCCAACCUUGAGUAACAAAGAAAAGUUUGAAUAUUUUUUCCGAACUGUGCCUUCCGAUGUUAAUCAAGCUCAAGCCAUUUUGGAUAUUCUCAGGACUUUCAGAUGGACUUACGUAUCCGUUGUCUAUUCGGACACCGAUUACGGAAACAAAGGAUACGAAAAGUUGCAAGAUCUGGCUCUGGAGUAUAACAUUUGUUUUUCGAGUCCACAAAGCAUCAAUGUAGACCAUUUUUCUGAUGCAGAUUACGAUACUGUCGUAAAAAAUUUAAUGCACAAGACAAAUGCCAGAGUUGUGGUGGUUUUUGCCGACAAACAGACAGCUCGUAAUUUAAUGGCCGCGGCUAAGAGGAAGAAUGCGAUCACUCGAUUCGUGUGGAUAGGAAGCGAUGCCUGGGGAGGUCGAAAAUCUGUAGUAGAAAAUCACGAAGCGGUAGUAGAAGGCGCUAUUACGGUAUCUCCUCUUCUUCAUCCCUUAUCUGGUUUCGACGACUAUUUCAAGAAACUCAGUCCAGAAACAAAUCAUCACAAUCCGUGGUUUUCCGAAUUUUGGGAGGAAUUUUUUCAUUGUAAAGUAUCCGGAUCGCCUCACACUCCCUACAAUACCAAUUAUCCUCAUUGGUGUUCGCCCACUAAAGAUAUUUCUCAAGAUACCCGUUACAAACAAGCUCCCGCCUUACACUUCGUCAGAGAUGCAGCCUAUGCCUUUGCGCACGCCCUCAAGGAUAUGCACAAAGUAAAGUGUAAAGGAAUUCCCGGACUUUGUGACAAAAUGACCCACAUUAAUGGAGAAGAUUUGAAGCAAUAUUUGCAACAAGUUUCUUUUAAUGACGAAAGUGGUAAAAAGUUCCGAUUUCUUCCGAGUGGAGAUGCUCCUCCCAGAUACAGCAUCAUCAAUUAUCAGAAAUUACCCAACGGAAGCUUUUCUUGGAGAUCCGUGGGAACUUAUUUGCUAGGUGACGAUGGAGAAGCUAAAUUAGACUUGGACAUCAAUGCCAUGAGGUUCAAAUUUCAAGAGCCAUCGUUUCCCAGAUCCUAUUGUAGCGAACCGUGUCGUACCGGACAAGCUAAAUUACAGUUGGAAGGAGACACUUGUUGUUGGCUCUGCACCAAUUGCUCCCAAUAUCAAUAUUUACCGGAUGAGUAUCAUUGCAAAGAUUGCCCUUUGGGAACUCUACCGAGUUUUACCAAGACUACUUGCAUACCGAUACCGGAAGCUUAUUUAAAUUAUACGAGUCCAUGGGCAGUGGGAACCAUGGCAUUUGCAGGAAUGGGCAUACUGUUAACCGCGUUUGUCACUUUAGUAUUUUGGGCUUACAGCGAUACUCCCCUUAUUAAAGCAUCAGGAAGAGAACUGAGUUACCUUCUGCUAACAGGAAUAUUCUUGUCAUUUGGUAUGACCUUCAUCAUCGUUGCCAAACCAUCGGCUUUUACGUGUGGACUUACAAGAUUCUUUUUAGGAUUCUGUUACACGUUAUGUUAUGCAGCUAUUGUUACGAAGACUAAUCGCAUCGCUCGGAUAUUUAACCAGAGAAGACGAAGACCGUGUCAGAAACCCCGUUACACUAGUCCACAGUCGCAACUCAUCAUAACGGCAGUUCUGGUAUCUAUAGAAGUCAUCAUCAAUACCAUUUGGUUACUUUACGACAGACCGGCAGUUACUCGAAUACAUCCUUCUCGAGAAGCCAAUUUAUUGAUCUGUUUAGGAUCCGAUACACCCUCGUAUCUAGUUGGACUUAUUUAUCCAUUCGUUCUCAUCGGUUUCUGUACCGUUUACGCUUUCAAAACCAGAAAAUGUCCGGACGGUUUUAACGAAGCUAGAUAUUUGACAUUCACAAAUUAUACCACUUGUGUUAUCUGGUUGGCUUUUCUUCCUCUUUUCGUUUUGAGCACGAGUAACGCAAUACGUGUGGUAACUUUAAGUUUUCUUCUGAGUUUAAGUGGGGCCGUACAACUGUCAUGCCUCUUCAUGCCGAAAGUAUAUAUUGCUCUAUUGAAACCGGAAAAAAAUACCAAAGAAAGUGUCAUGUGUCAUCAUAAUCGAAAUUCCAACUUGGCGCAAACGUCGUCGUCUCUAGGGCCUUCUACUCCUUCUAUACUCAUUAAUGGAGGUUGCAAGGAGCAUCGACUUAGCAGCUGUUCCUCCGCUACCGGAUCAUCGGCUUACAACACCCUUCAAGUACCAAAUGCGUCACCUUAUUUGUCCACGGUACCGAAUUUAAGCCUUAUUCUAAAGGAAAGCGUCCAGACAAACAGUCUGACCGUGCCCAGUUUGAUGCCUUCGACAUUGAAGAGGCAUUCCAGUGCAGAUAUACAAAGCAAAACGUUGUGAGAGCGGUCGUUUUUUUAACAAAUUAUUAUUAAUACGCACAAUAUUUGGAGAUUAAAACUAAACAUUUAUUAUUAUAAUUCUUUUUUUUGAGAAGAUAAACUGAAAAUAAAAACGAAAAACUCGACUUUUUGAAUUUAAAUGAAUUUUAAUUGGAAGUUGAGUUCAAAUAGUAACCAAAUAACAGACAAUUCUAAGUUUAAAUAUUUUAUUUCUCGUUUUAAAAAACGUUUAUGAGACUAUCGUCAUUAAUACUGAUUUACUAACUUAUAAACCAUUGUAAAUGUAACUAAAAAUUAAAAUUUUAAUAGUCACAAUGACGUAUUACGGAUGAUUUAAUGGUGAAACUGUGGAGCAUUUUGCGUACGAUAUUCGAUAAAUUGCGAUCUCACAGACUGAUAUUUUUCUUUUAUGAUCGCAUAAACAGGCAUUCUUCUUUCAUUUUUCCAUAAAUUUAGCUCCGUAGUUAUUUAAAAUAAAAAUCUGAUUGGAAAAAAUUUUACUUUACAAUAUUCAAUCCGAAAAAAUCAUGCAAAAUUUUAGUCUUUCUAUAGAAUGAUUAGACUUUCAAAACGAUUUUAAUUAAACAAAUUAAAGAAUGGUAAUUAUUUACAUUAUUAUGUGAAUUUUUAUAUCCAAAUAUCUCCGGAAAGAAACAAGUUUGCCUUCCAUUUGGGAGAUUUUGUCCUAUCAAUUCAUCUCUUUUACUACUAGAUUGAUACUGGCACAAAUUAUAAAAUAAUUUCUCUAUGUAUAUAUAGUUAAAAUAUGAUAAUUAUCAUCAUUCCAAAUACGUAAAACCAAAAAAAAAAUU